UCAAUCCAAUUGAAAAACAGAGAAGCCAAAAACAUAAAAACACGCAAGGAGUGACAUCUCUUCGCCGGCUACAUCAGCAUUGCCGGAUAAUGCAAAUUCCGGCUAACGAUUUUUAUUUGUCCCCCUACAAGCACAAUGUUCGUGUUUCCUUCCAUUAUCGUCACGUUUUCCGUGAAAAGCCCUAGCAGAAGUUGUUUCCCCCUUUUGAAGUAAAUAUUGCUUCGCAAUUCUAUUUUUAUCCUUUACUUUUGUGUUGGAGUUGAAUCAAAAGAAGUAGUAGAAUUCAGAUUGUUUUUUUAGGUUUUGAAAUUUUUUUGCAAGGAAUUUUUGUCUAGUUUUGAAGUAAUUUGUUCUCGAGUGAAAAGCUUUUCCGAUGAGAAUCCAGCCAAUCGAUGCGAUCCGACACGACGUCGUCAUGCCGCCGGUGCUGAAGUCGCGGCUGAAGCGGCUUUUCGACCGCCCGUUCAACAGUAGUCUGAGGAAUUCAUCAGUUGAAUUCGAGCCGAGCUCAGUUUGUUUGGAUAAAAUGGUUCAGAAUUUCAUCGAAGACAACAACGAGAAGCAAUCGUCAGCCUCCGCCGUGAAAUGCGGCCGUCACCGCUGCAACUGCUUCAACGGCAAGAGCAACGACAGCUCCGACGACGAGUUCGAUCUCUUCUCGGACUCGUUAGCAGCGAAUUCGUCUUUCACCGAUCCCUGCGAUGGUCUCACGAGCUUGAUUCCCUGCGUGAGCGUAGAAGAGAGAAAUUUACUGGCAGACACUUCGAGAAUGGUCGAAAAGAGCAACAAAAUUUGUAAAAGGAAUGACGAAUUGAGAAAAGUCGUCACCGAUGGCCUAAUUGCUCUUGGAUACAACGCCUCUGUUUGCAAAUCCAAAUGGGAGAAAACUUCUUCCAUUCCGGCUGGCGAGCAUGAAUACAUUGAUGUGAUAACGGAAGGCGGCGAGAGGCUGAUUAUCGACGUGGAUUUCCGAUCGGAGUUUGAGAUCGCCCGAUCAACAAGCGGUUACAAGGCGAUCCUGCAGUGUCUGCCGUCGAUUUUCGUCGGAAAAUCGGAUCGGCUACUGCAGAUCAUCGUCAUCGCAUCGGAAGCAGCCAGGCAUAGCCUGAAGAAGAAAGGAAUGCACAUCGCGCCGUGGCGCAAAGCCGAAUACGUUAAGUCUAAAUGGCUCGGCCCUCACACACGCACCACAGCCGUUCAAAAGCCCGAUGACGAGGCCCGACCCGAGCCCGAAGUCAUCCGAGUUAUGGAUAGUGCGAAGGGGGAGCUGCGCCUGAGUUCGCCGGUGAUUUUCUCUGGUGAAAUUGCGCGGUCGGUGAGGUGGCAGUUGCCGGAGCUGAGGCCGAAGAGUUUGGAAAGGGGAAAUAAGUUGGUCGUCACGGGAUUGGCUGCUCUCCUCAAAGAAAAACUCUGAAACUAAAAUAACGUGAAAUAGAAUAAAAAAGAAAUUUGCCUGAAGCUUCUCUCAUCUUUGUAUUUGAAAUAAGAUUGAACUACGCACAUAAUCUUUCAACUAUGUGCAUUUUUUGACCAACAUAUAUAGAUACUGAAUAUUAUAUUUUCUCUA